AUGGCUUCUUUCUUUCUUUCUUUCUUUCUUUCUUUCUUUCUUUCUUUCCACUUUAUUUUUUUUAUUUUCUUUUCUUCAUACGGCUUCCUUCGUUUUCCUUCUUUCUUUCCUUCUUUCUUUCUUUCGUUCUUUCGUUCUUUCUUUCUUUCUUUCUUUAUCACAUGCAAUCUUUAUUGUUUUUUUACUUUUCAUACAACCAUUGCAUUUUCUUCUUUCUUUCUUUCCUUCUUUCUUUCUUUUCUUCUUUCUUUCUUUCUUUCUUUCUUCAUUCCACUUUAUUCUUUUUAUUUUUCUUUCUUCAUUUUUUCGUUUUUCUUUCUUUUUUCUUUCUUUCUUUCAUUCUUUCUUUCUUUCUUUCUCUUAUCUCUGUUUAUAUCACUUAUUUAUAUUACUUUUUCUAAUGGCCUCUUUCUUUCUUUCUUUCUUUUUUCAUUCUUCUUUCUUGCCUUCCUUCCUUCGUUCCUUCUGUUUUCUUUCUUUCUUCUUUUAUUUUUCUUUCUUUUUCUUUUUAUUUCUUCAUACGGCUUCUUUCUUUCUUUCUUUCUUUCUUUCUUUCUUUCUUUCUUUCUUUCUUUCACCUGCUCCCCUUGUUGA